CCAAGGUUAAAUCAAACCAUAUCGAAAAAUGUCUGUUCAGCCUAGCGAGUUCGAGGGAAAGACUAUUACCUGUAAGGCUGCUAUUGCCUGGGGUCCUGGAGAGGACUUGAGUGUUGAGGAUGUUGAGGUUGCUCCUCCUAAGGCUAACGAGGUCCGUAUCAAGAUCCUGUACACCGGUGUCUGCCACACCGACGCCUACACUCUCUCUGGCAAGGACCCAGAGGGUGCUUUCCCCGUGAUCUGCGGUCACGAAGGUGGAGGAGUCGUUGAGUCCAUCGGUGAGGGCGUCACCAACGUCAAGCCCGGAGACUUCGUCAUCCCCCUCUACACCCCCGAAUGCCGUGAAUGCAAGUUCUGCAAGUCCGGAAAGACCAACCUCUGUGGUAAAAUCCGUGCUACCCAGGGUAAGGGUGUCAUGCCCGACGGUACCUCCCGCUUCCGUGCCCGUGGUAAGGAUAUCUUGCACUACAUGGGUACCUCGACUUUCUCCCAGUACACCGUCGUUGCCGAUAUUUCUGUCGUCGCUGUCAACCCUGCGGCGCCUUUGGACAAGGUCUGUUUGUUGGGAUGUGGUAUUACUACUGGAUACGGUGCUGCGACCCGCACUGCUAAGGUCGAAAAAGGCGCUUCUGUCGCUGUUUUCGGAGUUGGAUGUGUCGGUCUUUCCGUUGUCCAGGGUGCUGUUGCCCAAGGCGCUGGCCGCAUCAUCGCUGUUGACACCAACAACGACAAGAAGGAGUGGGCCGAGAAGUUCGGUGCCACUGACUUCGUUAACCCUACCGAGUUGGGUGACAAGUCCAUCGUUGACAAAUUGAUCGAGAUGACUGAUGGUGGAUGUGACUACACCUUCGACUGCACUGGUAACGUCAACGUUAUGAGGAGCGCUUUGGAGGCUUGCCACAAGGGAUGGGGACAGUCCAUCGUUAUCGGUGUCGCUGCUGCUGGACAAGAGAUCUCUACCCGCCCAUUCCAGCUCGUUACUGGACGUGUCUGGAGGGGAUCUGCUUUCGGUGGUGUCAAGGGCCGUACUGAGUUGCCCGAGAUCGUCGAUGCUUACAUGAGGAAGGAGCUCAUGGUUGACGAGUUCGUCACCCACAACAAGACCUUGGCUGAGAUCAACGACGCUUUCCACGUCAUGCACUCUGGCUCUUGCGUCCGUUGUGUCGUUGACAUGCAGUAAAAAGUCGUUGUUAACGUUGCGGUCGUGGAUGGGCAUUUUUGGACGUGGUAAAGAUACGAGUAUAGUGUGAAACGUAG